UCGAUUAGUCGAAUAUCGACUUUUGGAUCCCUGUCAGCAGCCAGAAAGAACUUUUUCACAAUUCCGAUGAAAUUUACAUACAAUUUAUAGAAAAAAGUUAAAUUAUUUCAAUACAACAGCAGCAGAAGACUAAUUUUCUUAUAAAAAUGAUGCUCUUUAUGCUAUUGUUUAGCCGUCAAGGCAAAUUGCGACUACAGAAAUGGUACAAUGCCUAUCCGGACAAAGUGAAGAAGAAGAUUACCCGUGAAUUGGUCACAACAAUUUUGGCCCGCAAACCCAAAAUGUGUUCAUUUCUGGAAUGGAAAGAUUGCAAGAUUGUCUACAAGCGUUAUGCCAGUUUGUAUUUCUGUUGCGCUAUUGAACAGAAUGAUAAUGAAUUGUUAACAUUGGAAAUUAUACAUCGUUAUGUGGAAUUGUUGGAUAAAUACUUUGGUAGUGUCUGCGAAUUGGAUAUCAUUUUUAACUUUGAAAAAGCCUAUUUUAUACUAGACGAACUGUUGAUCGGUGGUGAAAUACAGGAGACAUCCAAAAAGAAUGUCUUAAAGGCAAUUGCAUCGCAGGAUCUACUGCAAGAGGAUGAAACUCCACAAGGAUUCUUCGAUGAUCAUGGUCUGGGAUAAGAGAUUUAAAGUCGAUGUUACUUUACUUUGUGGUGGUGUAUAACAAAACAUAAUCAAAUGCUGUCCUUAAUCAUAUAUUCCACAAAUAAAAACUACAUUUCCCAUAAAAAAGAAAACAAAAGAUAAAAAUAAGCAAAACAAAAAUAAAGACAAAAUAUUUUUGAAGAUUUUUUUUCCCCGAUUCUAUUUUGAAAACAUUUAUCAAGGUGUGCUUUUAUACAGACUAUUUAUAUAUAUAUAGAAAUAUAUCUAAUAAAUCUAUACCCUCCGCCCCAUAUUCUUAGCGAUAUGCAUAUGCAUAUUGGAUAAAAUGAAUUAUCAUUUUAUCUAAGAUGAUCGCUAUAUCAAUUCAAUCUAAAUGAUGUUAUAUGUACCAUAUAUAUAAGUAUGUGUUUGUAUUUGUGUAGUAUUAUUAUUAUUAUAAUUAUCAAAAAACAAAAAAAAAAAAAACACAAAA